UUAUUUAAAUACCAGACUUGCUGAGGGCGCGGCAUUCAAGACCAGCUGAUCCUUAAUGGUGGGAGGUGAAUCUUAUAUACAAAUAACUUUUUCCCACCGUAAGAUUUGAUCAUGGCGUCGGCGGCGAGGAUUACGGGGAUAUUUAUCCUGUUUUUCAUCACUUUCCUAAUAGGCCUUAUACCGUUUGCCUUGUUGAGGAUAUUUGAGAAGAAAUUGUCGAAAGAAAAUAUAAAGAAGUGGAUUGGGAUCCUAAACUGCUUUACAGGUGGGGUUUUCCUAGGAACAGCCAUCUUGCAUUUGUUACCUGAAUCUCGAGAACUGCUAACAGAGUCUAUAUCGUUCGAAUAUCCUGUGACAGAGGCCAUCGUGGGUUGCGGGUUUCUUCUAACGCUUACGUUAGAACAUCUUGUCAGUUACUACGGCUUUGGAAAUUUUCAUAUGCACGAUCAUGGCCAUGAUAAUAAAAUUGAGCUAAAUGACGCCAAGGACCUAGAAAUGGCUGGGUCAAAUAAAACAGAGGACACGGAUAAAAAGGGCAACGCAGAUAAAUCGACAGAAGAAGUUAUAAUAGAGCAGCCUAAUUUGAAAUUCCUUGUUUUCCGCUCCUUUCUGCUGUUACUAGCUCUCUCUUUUCACAUGAUAUUUGAGGGUUUGGCCGUUGGCUUGCAAAAAGAGGAGGAGGACGCUUGGAUUUUGCUUGGAGUUCUCUCUCUUCACAAAAUCGCUGUUGCUUUCAGCGUGGGCUUCCAACUAGAAGAAAAUCUGAGAAAAUUCAAAUACGUAAUAUUAUCUUUAUUCUUGUUGUCUAUUGUCGCGCCAAUAGGAGUCGUGAUCGGUUACAUAGUAACAGAAGUUGGAGAUGACGCGCAUGGGCAAGAUGUAGCUUCCGGUGUCUUGCAGAGUCUUUCCGUCGGUUGUUUCCUAUAUGUGACAUUUUUUGAAAUCCUAAAUCAUGAAAUACACAUAACCAAAGAGAGGAGUCACUGGAAGGUCUUUUUCACAAUAAUCGGGUUUGCUAUUGUUGUUGGGAUUCAGUUUGUGAAGCACGACCACGAAGGUCACGACCAUUAGCCAAUCCGAUCAGAGAUUUAAAAGAUUGUCUCGUGAAUCCAGUGACAAUUAAUGACACUCUAUUUUUGCGUGCUUGAUUAAUCUAGUGUUAUAUAUUUAUGAUUAUCGUUAUUUUGUCCUUUGUCAUAUUGUAAUCACAGUUCAUCAAUGAAUUACAUGAAUAAAAAACAAUAUUGUUGGAUUGUUGUGCACUGAA